AUGGCAAUGCUUUCGAUUGUUUUAACAACAUUCGCCAUGAUUCAAUCAUGGACAAUAAGUAUUUGGUUAUCAGUUAUCUUCUUCGGGAUCUUGUUAGCAUAUAUCUAUGAGCAAUUAACAUAUAUGUCCAAGCGUGGUUCACUUCCCGGACCAAAAUUAACUGUACCAUUUAUCGGAGGAAUUCUUCAUAUGUUAUCGGCACCAUAUGAUUUCUGGCAUGGACAAAUGGAUUAUGGCAAAUUGAGUUGGAAUAGUAUCAUCGGACGAUUUUUUGUUUUAGUUGCGGAUAGUGAAUCAUGUCGAAAAGUAUUCGAACGAUGUUCAGCUGAUAUGCCUUUGCUUUUACAUCCGAAUGCUAAUCGAUUAUUAGGAGAUGAUAAUAUUGCAUUUAUGAAUGGACAUAUACAUAAAACAUUACGUAUUGCAUUGUUACCAUUGUUUACUACGAAAGCUCUUUCAACUUAUUUACAUAUUCAAGAAGAAGCUAUUCGAAGUCAUAUGAAAAACUGGUGUGAAUUAAGCAAAAACGCCAAAGAUGGAAUCGAAAUGCGACCGUUAGUCUAUGAUUUGAAUAUCAAUACGAGUUUAUCUGUGUUCGUUGGUCCGUAUUUGAAUAGCAAAAUUCGAGAACAGUUUAAAAUUGAUUAUACAAAUUUAACAAGAGGAAUGUUCGCAGCACCGAUUUGUUUCCCCGGUACACAACUUUAUAAAGGCGUUCGAGCAGCGGAAUCAAUUCGUCAUUCAUUACAAUCGAUUGUUUAUCAAAGCAAACAACGUAUGUCGAAAGACAAUCCAGAACCAACAUGUUUACUGGAUUUCUGGGUAAUUUCAACAUUAAAAUCAAUCCAAGAAGCAGAGAAUAAUAAUCAACCAAGACCAUUACACAGUACUGAUGAAGAAAUCGCCAAAAUUACAUUGGAUUUUCUUUUUGCUGCUCAAGAUGCGUCCACGAGUUCAUUAACAUUUGCAAUUCAUGAACUAAGCAAACAUCCCGAAGUUCUUGAAAAGGUCCGUGAAGAACAAAAAUCCAUUCGUCCGGAUCCUUUGGAACCCUUAACACCGGAUUUGUUAGCCCAAAUGAAAUAUACCUGGCAAGUAAUGAAAGAACUCUUACGAUUACGUCCACCGGCAACACUUGCAAUUCAUGUAGCAAAGAAACCCGUUCAAAUUUCUGAAGAUUACACCGCACCAAAAGAUGCUUUGAUCAUUCCGAGUAUUUGGAGUUCAAAUCGAAAUGGUUUUCCUCAACCAGAAGUGUUCGAUCCCGAUAGAUUCAAUCCCGAUCGAAGAGAUCAAGCGGAAUAUGAUCGAAAUUUCUUAACUUUUGGCGCUGGACCACAUGCAUGUAUUGGACAACGAUAUGCAAUGAAUCAUAUUAUGUUAUUCAUUUCAUUACUAACUGAUAUGGACUUUGAACGAGCACAGCGACCGAAUAUGGAUAAAAUUAUGUAUUUACCGACAAUUUAUCCUGCAGACGGAUGUGUUUUGAAUUAUUUCAAACCUCGAAGAUUUUAG